CUCCGCCCGUACGUUGUUGACUUGGAAACCAUCACGGCGUUGUGCGGUAGAGGACAGUUUAAGCGUAACCCGCGUUCAAACAAGGAGUUUCAAGUAGAAAGCUCACAUUAACUUAUUAAAAACAAUUAUAUGGUUAUCUUUUGGUUCAAUAAUGUAUUUCAAUAACAAAGAUAUAACUUUUUUAGGCGUAGUACGUGACCAGAGCAAUUUAGCUAGCAACUAGCUAACUAGCUUCUGGUGAAAUAGCUAACAAAUAUUAUUAAUAAAACAUCUCGUGUGUCUCCGUUAAGCGGACACGUUCUAGUAUCAUUAAGUGAAACUUAAUGCUCACUUUAGAGUCGCGAAUGUGAGCUGCGACAUUUUGCUUUGUAUUUUAGAUACGCUUUUUUCUGGAUUAUUGGCGUUUUUCCCUCAGAAUGAGAAACAGCACGAUGUUUGAAAAUGCCAGGUGUGAGUGAAGAGACCCGGGAAAGAUUUAAUGAAGUCUUCAAAAAAUAUUCAGGAUCUGAGAAGAAAAAGUCAAAGAAGAAAAUCCAUGAAGCAAACGAGACCAUAGUGCUUCAGAAUCUGACCAGGAAGCUGAACCUUGAGAAAGACACAGAAGAUGACGAAACCAUUCUGCAAAACACAUAUGACCCUGAACAGGGCAGCCCUCGUUAUUCCAAAAACAAACGAAGAGAAAAGGAAACAGCAGAACAGGUUAACUGUAACAACAGCAAGGAUGAAGAAGUUAAAGCAUCAAAAGCCAAAAGGAAGAGUAAGAGGGACCUCCCUUCUUUACCUGUACCCAAAGACAUUCCAGAGGACUUACAGGAGGGGGCAAAUGCUUCUAGAGCCGACAAUACUUUGAAUCCAGAAGCUGCUGUUGGUGAAAAGAAACGAAAAGGAAAAAGUAAGAAGGGAAAAGUCAGAGAAAAUGUAGAAGAUGUUGCAGAGAGUCCGGUGGAGGAUCCAGAAGAUAAACUACUGCAUGAAUACCAGCAGCAGAUGGCACAGGAAGAGGAGCUGACUGUGAAGAAAACAAGGGUCAAACGGGAAACUGUUAACUCACAAAGUGCUGUGUUGAAUAAUGAUAUGGGGAAGAAGAAAAAGAAAAAGCUGAAAUCUGUAACAACUGAGUCAGAUGUAGGGGAUCAAGAUGAGGAAGUCAAUCCAGAUGCUGAUGAGGAAAAUAAAACUGAAUCAAAGGGAAAGAAGAAAAAGAAGAAGAAGCACGUUGUCAAAGAAGAAAGUGAAGCUGAAGCAGCAGAGGAGCAAAAGCCGACAUUUGAUGACAGUCUUGUUCUGGGAGUGUUCGUUCAUAAAACGGAUCGCCUGAAGACGGACUUACUGAUCUCGCACCCCAUGGUGAAGAUCCACGUUGUUGAUGAGAUCACGGGCAAUUAUGUGAAGAAAAGGGACUGCCAUCGACCUGUGUCUUCCUAUUAUGAGGGACAGAACGUCGACCAUAUCCUCCCUAUCAUGACUCAGCCUUUUGACUUCAAGAAGAACAAAUCCAUCAUCCCCGAGUGGCAAGAGCUAAUCAUAUUCAACGAACGCUUUGGCUACUUUGUUGAGCAAAAGGAUGAAAGCCCCAGAGUCAUCCUCUUCUUUGAAAUCCUGGAUUUUAAGACCAUGGAGGAGGUAAAAGCCAACUUGGACGUUGAUAAACACGAGCAAGGGUUCAGAAAGGUCGCAUGGGCGUUUCUGAAGCUUGUUGGCACAAAUGAUGUUUUAAACAUCGACAGUAAACUUCGUCUCCAGCUCUUCUGCCCUCCACCUCGGGCAAAGAGACAAACUAAAACGAUAGAAGUGUUUGAGUGGUGGAGGAAGUACCCACGAAUCCAUUAUGCUUCCACCCUUUAUGUUACCGUGAAAGGGAUCAAACUCCCAGAACAUGUGGACCCCGGUAUCCGAUCUAUGAUGGCGCUACAGGAGGAGAGAGGCAGCACCACCUAUAGUGAUCUGCAGAAAGAGAUCACACAGAAAACUCUGACACAGCCUCCUGAUAGCAAGCAGCCGAUCCUGAGAUGGAGCCGUGCUGUUGGUCAGAUCUGCCGAAUCCCUAACAAACUGGUCUGGUCGUUCCGUGGGGGUCAGAUGGGAUGUUUCACCGUACUGUUUUCUCACGCUGGAACCAUGCUGGCUGCUGCUUGUGCCGACAAAGAUGCUUUCCCCGUCGUAGUGUAUGAGAUUCCCUCCGGCAGAGCGUUAGCUGCCUUCAGCGGCCAUCUGAAGAUAGUGUACGAUCUCUGCUGGUCCAGAGAUGAUAAAAGCUUGUUGUCUGCCUCCUCAGACGGAACGGUGAGAGAGUGGAAUGUCGAGAUGCUUCUAGAAACAGCCCAGAAGGUCCUCUCUCAUCCGUCCUUCGUGUACUGCGCUCAGUACCACCCCAGCGCUCAGAACCUGGCAGUGACAGGGAGCUACGACUGUCUGGUGCGAGUGUGGAGGCUUGAUGUCCCUGAUGUGAACGGCCAGCUGCUGCAAGAGUUUGAGGGUCACAGCAGCUUCAUCAACACCAUUUGUUUUGACUCUGAAGGAUCUAGGAUGUUCUCUGCAGACAACACAGGCACCAUCAUCGUGUGGAAAACUUCAGUGAAUGAUGACAAGAACCGACAGAAGCCAUGUCAUCGUUGGUGCAUAGAGAGGAAAAUCUCUGAGGAUGACCUGCGAAGCAUACCCAUCAGCAUGCUGCAGCUCCACCCUAAUGGUCGGUGCCUGCUCAUACACGCCAAAGACAGCAUCCUGAGGAUGAUGGACUUAAGGAUUUUGGCUGUGAAGCGAUACACUGGAGCAACAAACUACAGAGAGAGGAUUUGUAGCACCUUCACACCUUGUGGGAAUUUCCUCCUCUCUGGUAGCGAGGAUGGGAUGGCGUACGUCUGGAAUACUGACACAGGUGACCAGGUUGAGGUAUACUCUGAGCUCUGUUACCACACCGCUCUCCAUGGCGUCUCUUUCCACCCUCAUGAGAACAUGGUGGCGUUCUGCGCGUACGGUCAGAGCCAGCCUGUGCUCGUGUACCUGUACGAUCGCAAAGUUUCCCAGCUGGAGAUGCAGAACAUUAAAGCAGCGAGCACAUCGGCGUCUGCAGACCGAACGCUCAGAAACACGCCCGACUCUCUGCUGCUGCUGCAGGACACUUCUGCUCCUUCGGCCAUGGACCAGUUUGCUCAUGCAGCACGACUCGCCAUGAAAAUGCAGUCUGUUAAACGGCGGCUGGAUUCAGUUCUGGAACCACAUCGCCGAUCUUCAGCUUCUGGAUUUCUUUCGGAUCACGACAAAAUGGGCAUCAGUCAUAUGGGGAAGAGCUUUCCACCAGACACUAGCACGGUGAUUAUACGGUUACAGACCCCAAACACCACACAGACUCACAAGGUUACUAUGGGAUUAAAUGUCUCUCUGCCACCUCCGUCUCUGCUGUCACCGCACUCCAAGCUGCAGCUCUCUGGUUCUUUUGCAGAACAGCUAAUCCCGCAAGCAGCCCUGAGUACACAAACCCGAGGGUUUAGUUCAGUCAGUCUCAGAGGAGCUUCAGCUUUUAGGCAACAGUCGAGCCUUCGUGACCAUACGGGGAAUCACCUGGAGACGGAUUUGGUUCCAGUUCAGCAAGUAGUCGUUUCCCUCUACGAUUACACAGCUAAUCGCUCUGAUGAACUGACCAUUCGGCGCGGUGAUGUCAUCCAAGUGCUCUACAAAGAUAACGACACCUGGUGGUUUGGGCGCCUGGUCAAUGGACUGCAGGGAUAUUUCCUUGCUUCUUAUGUAGUAGAUCAGCGUGAAUUUAUGGAAGAGUCUGCUGAGAGGCACAUGUCACCUGAGAAGACCGUUGAGAGGUCAACCCCAAACAGGGUAUCUGCUGCGGUUAGUUCCUCUGGGGAGCUUAGGUUUCUCUCUGAGCCAACUUUUUCGGACACCGAACCUGGGCUGACCAACGUUAAAACUAGAAGGAAAAAGAAGAUGAAGAAGCCCGGAGAGCCUGUAGCUUCGUCCCAGCCAGCAGAUCCUUCAGGAUGGAGCAGAAGCAGGAGGAGAGACAGGUCCACAGACAGACCUCUCCCACAGAGACCAACAGGACAAUGUAACCGUGCUUUUGAGCCUGAUACCUGAACUGUGUCUGUCUUUUUGUUAGAGCUGGUCAUUUUCACUUCUAAUGUUUUAUUUUAGAGACUUUUAUUUUUUAAUCAGUAUAUUUGUACUUUGUUAUACUGAACACCAUUUACUCAGUUGACUGUAUUUAAAAAAAAACGUAAUAUAUGCAAAGUGUGUCUGCUUAUAAAAUCACUUUCAGUAAAUUUGUAUUUGUGUUUAUAAAUGUCAUUUAUGGCCAGGAACGCACGUUUUACAUGUUUAUUUCUCUAAUAAGUAGAAGAUAUAGUUUGGAUAUAAGAGCACGUUUUAUUCUGUCUAUAAAACACUACCUUUGAGUAAAUGUCUUGUUUUGGUGAGUAAUUGGAAAUUAAAUUGAUAUUUUGAGGUGUUUUAUCUAACAGUGGAGCAAAUAAAUAGCAUUGCUGCCCUAAUUUUUUAUUAUUUUUUUACAUUUUCAUAAAGAAUUCAUGACUCAUAACACAAAAUCUAACUUUCAGUGCCAGUAUGACCUGUAUAAUAAAUAUUUUCUAAGCUA